AUGGCACACCAAGAUGAUGGCACUAACACUGCUGAUCACGACGAUGCGCUAGCACAAGCUAUGGAUGAAGAGUUCGAGGAAGCAAGAGAUGGCAACACGUCUGUUUCACCUGAAGAUGAGAGAAGUCAACGCCUGUUUCCGGACAGCGAGCCGCUAGAUCCACCGUAUGGUUUGCGAGCGACUGGGGCAUCUUUAGAGUUUGGUCUGGAUGCUGAAGCACUUGGGUUGCUGGAUGGGGGCUCGGGUAGCUCAACAGAACAGACGGCAACAAGACACUUCAGUCCUCAGAGUGAUCAUGAGUUGAUUCCAGCCACAGAAGAGCCACGAUCAGUGGCCGCAGGCAGGAUGCCUCAAGUUACGGCGCCGCCACCAGCGGUGACGAAUGAUCUCAUGGGACAGUUGAGUGCUAUGCUACAGCAGACGCUGCAGAGCCAUGUGGCUCCUGCUCUAGAUCGUAUGAUGAUGAGUCAGGCUGCGGUCAUGUCCCGACUAGACAGGUUGGAGAGUGAGAGAGACUCCCAAGUGCCGUUGACGGCGCAAGGUGAGCAUGUAUUGGCCAUGCUUCAGUCGUUGGAGGAUACUCGUUUGCAUCAUGCGCGGGAUUUGGCAUCCAAGGGCAAUGGCGGUGAGGCUUCAGGGAUCAGGGGUUUCGGAUUGGAUCCCUCGCCGGGAAUCGGCGAGAAGCCGGAGGAGCCUACCAAAACCUCGCUGGAGCUUCCUAAAUUGGACAAGUACAACCCAUCCACAUCAGCCAUCGUAGCAGGGGAUUGGCUUAUCUCGUUGACGCCAGUGAUUACUUCGCUGUCCGCUUCUGCUUGGGUGUUUUGGGAGGACUGUGUAAGCACGGCCAAGCUGUUCUAUGGCCGAUGGUUAUCCUCUUCCCCACUGGAGAGACUACAUAUCCAGGCGGAGGUCUUGGUAAACAGGUACCGCGAUGGAAAGUUCUCGAGGGUUGAUCAACGGGCGGUCAGUUUGUUGUUGGCUGCAGUGGGUAAUGAGCUGAAGGAUGAUCUGAUCUCUCUUUGCUUGCUGGGUACAUGCGCUAUUGUGUUCAAGGUUAUGGCGAAAUAUCAACCGGGAGGAGCUGCAGAGAAACAGCAACUUCUGUCGUUUCUAGUCACCCCUGAAAACGUCACCACAAGCGCUGCAUCAGUUAAAGCACUGCGGAAAUGGCGUCGUUGGUUAGCCCGUGCUCGUGAACUCCAGGUAAUCGUUCCUGACCCUAGCCUUCAGCUCAAGGGUCUUGAAAGGCUCGCCCCGACAUUGUCCGAUACAGCAGCCUUCCGAGUACAAACCUUCCGAUCGCAGGCUCUGCUCGACCAGGCUCCAACUCAACAGACGGUUUUGCAGUUUUCAGAGCUCCUGCUUGCAGAGGCCGAGGAGGCGGUGUUGUCAGAAGCUGCAGACAAGGGUGGAGCGAGGCAGACGGUAGCUAAGGCGGAUGAGGUGCCAGGAAAGGGAGGAAAGGUUGGGAAGGAAGGAAAGGGUGCAUCAAAGGGGGCUGCCAAGGUGGAUGGUGGAAAACAACUUUGUCGGCUCUGGAGAACCGAUGACGGGUGUAGGUAUGGGAAGUCUUGUACGUUUGCGCAUGAUGCCCUCACCCCUGCCGAUAAGAGGUGUUUCAACUGCAGUAGCACAAAGCACCGAAAGCCAGAUUGUCCGUUCCCGCGUGCGCAAGCCGAGCCCGGUGGGAAGCCAGGGAAAGGUAGCCAAAAGGGGAAAUCAGGGGAUGAGGUUAUGAAGACUCAGGAUAAGGGGGCUAGUGAAACCGACAAGUCGGCUCGUGACGAGCUGAUUGCACGGGCCAACGCGGUGUUGGAAUCUAUUCAAACCUCAAUCAAGGCCUUACAGCUAGGUUCGAAAUACCCGCCGAAGCCAGGUCCCCGCGAUGAAACAGGUCUGAUAGACUCCGGUGCCACAACAUGCAUGCGCAUGCGUAGGGAAGAUGAGCAGCCAGUUGGAGAGAAGACGGUUUCGCUCGCGCAGGGAGAAGUUCAGAUGGGAUUCAGCGCCGGGGGAGUUUUACUAGCUAACGAAGAAGUUGAACCCAUCGUUUCGCUCCGACAGCUCAUCACCAUCGGCUUUCGUCUGGUUUGGUCCAAGAGGGCAUGUCAACUGUUCGAUGAAGAGGGUUACUCGGUUCCUUUGUCCACGGCUUCCGGCUGUCCGAGGGUGUGUAAGGCUGUAGCGCAAAACCUGAUGGACCGCAUCGAAACUUUCAACAUUCAUGGGUAUGGUGAAGAUCAGCUUGCUAUGAUGCGUGAUGCUGAUGCGGUGUCCUGGGAGGCAGUCAUGUGUAAAGUAGCCGAGAGUGUGAGAGAAGGCUGCCCAAGCAGUGUCUUUGAUCUCACAGGGGUCUGGGCCCCCAGGCAUGAGUUUGACGCUGUAGCCGCGAAGCAUGGGGCUAAGGUUGUAGCCAUAGACUCCACUGAAGACCUUAACGAUCCGGCUACGUACACAUACUUGCUGAAGCAGGCGCUCGCUGGUAAGGAUGAAGGACCAUCGGUGGUUCGGGCGCGGUAUGGGUUGGAAAGGUUUGGAUUGGAGAACCUCUCCCACCAAGAGCGUGAGAAGGUUGACUAUGACGACCAGCUCAUGCUCAGAAGCUUUAUUCUGGGUGUUGCCUCAAAGUGGGGACCUUUUAAGCGCGGUACUCAUGAGGGUGCGAAGGCAAGAUAUUUCCUUGCUGCAGUUUUCUCCGCAGAUGUAGCAGCUGUUCCGGGGGAGCCAGGGGAGUGGGAGAAUGCGGAUGACGACGAUCGUGAUGACGAUGACGGAGGUGACCGGUUCAAGGCCAAUCCUUUUGCCGAGAACCUCAUCGGCAUCCUGAAGGGGCUCACAAAUCAGCUGAAAGCCGGUGAUAUCGUUGAUGUCCCAGCUAUGUAUGCUAGAUACGGUGAUGAGGCAGGCAGCGCUGGGUGGGAGGAUGUGAGCUGUGACCCACUUGGGGAUUGCGAGUUUGUGGACGUGUCCGUGACGAGUAAUCUUCUGUUUUGUGAGCCUACUUGUGUCGAGUGGGAGAGCAUUGUAGGUCGAGCUUCGGAUCGUGAGGUUGGACCUGAUGAUCAUGAUAGCUCGGGUGAAACUUGGGUUGGGGUCGGUGAGGCCUCUGAGUCUUUUGACCCUGAUGGGCAGCAGAUCGCCCUCAAGGCGUUGCUGAGUCGGGAGUGUAAGCUCCAAGAUCGGAGUGGGGUAGCCGGGGAUAGUGACCGUGAGGGUUAUAUUCAUGGGCUGUCUUCCACGAUCAAGCGUUUAGAAGAGAGGUGUUGCAAGGCCGAUGACGGUGUCGAGUAUUCCACGCUCCCCGAUGCGGAAGUGCUAACUACUCACACUGUUCCGUUGGAAGAAGUUGAGAGGCAUUACAGUUUGUGGUCCGCGGCAGUCCAGGCAGAACUUGAUUCGUUGGUUCAUGAAAAGCAGGCGGUAAGGGUGAUCACCAGCGCUGAAAUGCAAGCAAUGCAAGAAAAGGGAACAUGCGUGACCAUUAUUCCUAGCAAGAUGGUGUUUACCCGAAAGGCUGGUGGGCGCCAUAAGGCACGGUUGGUAGCCUGUGGAAAUCAUCUAGAUGGGCAGAGCCAGGCUAAGGGUAAGCACUCACAAUCCAAGGCAAAUCUGUAUGCUGGAGGAAUCGACCCUUCAGUGAUGCGCCAAGCGGCAUCGAUUGCGGUAAAGAGAGCCUGGAAGGGGGGAGCUACAGAUAUCACUACAGCGUUUUUGAACGCCGAGCUGCUUGAUCGAGUGAAUCCUCGUUCCUCCCCGCCUCCUUUGUCCUUGGAUGUCCCAACUGAGGUGAUUGUUUUGAAGAUUCCGAGCAUUGUGCAUAGACACGGACAUGUUGAUCGGUCAUGCUUCAUGCUGGUGUGUAAGGCACUGUAUGGGUUGGAUCAAUCCCCAAGAGACUGGUCUAUCAAGAGGGACAGUGAGAUUGAGGGCAUGUCAUGCCAAGUCGAUGGGGUCACAUGCAUGUUUGAGCAGAGCUUGGUCGACUCUAAUUUGUGGUACCUUCGGAGAGUGCCUAAAGAUGGAGAGAGCCACUGUUGGAGAGAGCCUGUUGCAUGCAUGUUGGUGUAUGUCGAUGAUCUCUUAGCCUUUGGUCCCAGCCCAGUCUUAACGAUGAUAUUCGAGCUGAUCACUUCGCGCUGGAAGUGCGGACCGGUAGAGUGGAUCCCCGAGGACCCCACUAAACCCCCACUCAAGUUCUUUGGUUUUGAGCUGCGCUGGGAUGGUAAGGACCUGUUGCUUGGCCAGCAAGAUUUCAUUCGGGAUGUGGCGACUAGGUACCCCGAGGCAACUGCCUCGUGCGUUCCUGCUACCCCGGGACCCGUGGAUGUAGAGGAUGCGUCCGAGCGUAGGCCCGAAGAUAUUUCUGCAUGCCAAACGGCGCUGGGCGAAAUCUUAUGGGUUGCAGGGCGCGCUCGGCCAGACAUUAUUUUCACUGUUUCCCGCCUUGCCCAGACCAUGUCAAGGGACCCCGCUACGGUGAGAAAGAGAGUCAUGCAGCUCAUUGGUUACCUUGUCUACACGCAGGACCUUUGCCUCCGAUAUCGGGCUACGUACUCUUGUCAGGGUGAACCAGGCGCUACUGCCACCCCGAACGCUGAAGGUGUGAUCGAGGCCAUGACAGACAGUGCAUUCGCGCCUGUAUGUGAGCGAUCGCAAGAGUCAACUUUGGUUUACACUCAAGGGUCUCUGACGGGGUGGAACACUGGUAGACAACCGUUCACUGCUGCGUCGACCGCGGAGUCAGAGCUCUUGAGUUUGAUGACAGGAUUCAGCUUCGGUAGGGCCCAAACUUACGUCCUUCAGGAGUUUAUGGGUAAGGUGCCACGGUUGGUCGUGUUGAACGACAACAUGGCUUCAACCUGUAUUGUGAAUGGCGACUCCAACGGGUGGAGAAGUAGGCACCUGAGGAUUCGAGCACAUGUGCUGAGGGAACAGGCCAAGCAAGGACAUGUCAUCGUGGGGCACAUAGAGGGGGCGAAAAACAUCGCCGAUGCAGGAACACAUUGGCAGCCGUCACGGCAGAGGCUCAGCAAUCGCCAGAUGAACCAGAAGGUCACAGCCAUGAGCUAUGGUUCUUGA